AUGGCCGGAAGGGCUGCAACAUCGUCUGCUAAAUGGGCGAGAGAGUUUUUAUUCAGAAGAGUCUCUUCGAAUCCGAUUAGAAACUCUUCUUCUUCUUCUUCAGCUUCCUCUACACCUAAAGUCCCUCACUUUUCCAAGAAAGGAAGGAUAUUGACAGGAGCUACCAUUGGUCUGGCCAUAGCUGGAGGAGCUUAUGUUAGUACUGCAGAUGAAGCAACCUUCUGUGGGUGGCUGUUCUCAGCAACAAAGGUUGUUAAUCCUCUCUUUGCUCUACUUGACGCUGAGUUUGCUCAUAAGCUAGCUGUCACUGCUGCAUCUCGCGGAUGGGUGCCUAGAGAGAAGAGACCUGAUCCACAGAUCUUGGGACUUGAAGUUUGGGGAAGGAAGUUUACAAACCCUAUAGGACUUGCUGCUGGUUUUGACAAAAACGCUGAAGCUACAGAAGGGUUGCUAGGACUUGGAUUUGGGUUUGUUGAAGUAGGCUCUGUAACUCCAGUUCCACAAGAAGGCAACCCUAAACCACGCAUCUUUAGAUUACGUGAAGAUGGAGGUAUUAUCAAUAGGUGUGGGUUUAACAGUGAAGGGAUUGUUGUUGUUGCAAAGAGGUUAGGUGCUCAACAUGGUAAAAGAAUGUUGGCGGAGACAUCAGGGGCUUCGUCAUCUCCAAGUGAUGAUGUUAAACCGGGGGGUAAGUCUGGACCUGGUAUACUUGGGGUUAACCUUGGAAAGAACAAGACUAGUGAAGAUGCAGCUGCUGAUUAUGUCCAGGGAGUUCAUAACUUAUCCCAAUAUGCUGAUUACUUGGUGAUUAAUGUUUCAUCACCAAACACAGCAGGGCUGAGGAUGCUUCAGGGGAGGAAACAGUUGAAGGAUCUUGUGAAGAAGGUACAAGCUGCUAGAGAUGAGAUGCAAUGGGGUGAUGAUGGUCCUCCUCCUCUUCUUGUUAAGAUUGCUCCUGAUCUAUCUAGAGGAGAGCUUGAAGAUAUUGCAGCAGUGAGUUUGUACUUACAAAAACAAAACUCAAUACUUUCCAAAAUCAUAUCAAAUACAACAGUCUCGAGGCCAGAUCCUGUAAGCAACAACCCUGUGGCAGCAGAAACAGGUGGUUUGAGUGGGAAACCGCUCUUUAAUCUCUCCACCAACAUGUUAAGAGAGAUGUACACUUUGACACGAGGAAAGAUUCCACUGAUAGGCUGCGGUGGUGUUAGCAGUGGUGAGGAUGCUUACAAGAAGAUAAGAGCUGGAGCUACUCUUGUUCAGCUCUACACUGGGUUUGCCUAUGGUGGACCUGCUCUCAUCCCACAGAUAAAGGAAGAACUGGUUGGUUGCUUAGAAAGAGAUGGCUUCAAGUCGAUUCAAGAAGCCAUUGGUGCAGAUCACAGAUGA